CUUUACUGAAUUUCAUUUUAAAGUGUACAUUAUAGAUUUGAUUAAAUAUGUGAUGGUCUUAUUUGGAUGUAACGUGUUUGAGUUGUAAGACUACAACUCCCAGUUGCCCAAAGUGACGGUUUCCCAACAUGCAUGUCGGCUAUGAGAGGAUGAGGCAAGAUGGCGACUAAAAUAAUCAAAGAGAGUGCUCCCCCUUUUGAUUGUCCAACAUGGGCAGGCAAACCGCCCCAGGGGCUGCACCUAGACGUGAUGAAGGGAGACAAACUGAUGGAGAAACUGAUCAUAGAUGAAAAGAAGUACUACUUAUUCGGGAGGAACCCCGACUGGUGUGACUUCACCAUCGACCAUCAGUCAUGCUCGCGUGUCCACGCUGCCCUGAUCUACCAUAAACACCUGAAAAGGGUCUUUCUCAUAGACCUCAACAGCACACACGGUACUUUCCUCGGACACAUCCGUCUGGAGGCACACAAGCCUCAACAAGUUCCCAUAGACUCUACAAUAUCCUUUGGGGCCUCAACAAGGACGUACACUAUCAGAGAGAAACCCCAAACCCAAGGUAGUGCUGGAACAGGAGACAGUAAGACGGGAGAGGACGAAGAGCUGAAAGGACUGCUUGGGCUUCCAGAGGAAGAGACGGAGCUAGAGAACCUGACGGAGUUCAACACAGCUCACAACAAGCGCAUCUCCCUACUGACCAUUGAGGAAGGUAAUCUGGAAAUCCAGCGACCUAAGAGGAAACGGAGGAACUCCAGAGUUACCUUCAAUGAGGAUGACUCCAUCAUUAACCCAGAAGAUAUAGACCCCUCGGUGGGACGGUUUAGAAACAUGGUGCAGACUGCUGUCAUCCCCAUCAAGAAACGCAGGUCAGAGGGCCACAACACUCUGGGUCUUGAUGACCUGACUUCAAAGCGCAUCCACAGCUACAGCUUGGGCGGUGGUCUCUAUGGGGACUUGCCUCCCACCAGUCAUGAGAACCUGCCAACAGGUGCUCCAGGAGGUGCUGCUAUGCAGGGAGGGCUUCCUCUGCCCUUCCCCAAUCCAGCACCAGAGGUGGACCUGGCCCCAGAGGCUCACCAGCCUCCUGUCACACUCAACCCCACGCCUGUCACAGCCCCUUACCUACCAGAGACCCACAACGAGCCACGCAAAAAGAAGUAUGCCAAAGAAGCUUGGCCGGGCAAGAAACCCACCCCUUCACUACUCAUCUAACCCGAUUCUUAAAGCUGCUGACUCUCAGGUUACCAGCAGAUGCAUCAGGGACUGUGACCUGGCUGAGGUGGAGUCAUUCACUUCUCAAUCUUCUUUUUUUAUUCGUUGUGUUACUCCUCGUCAUCACAAAAAGACUCCACACAAUUUCCUUGUGGUCUGUCACAAGAUGUCAUCUACUGUACAUUACUACGUCAGCAGUUAAUAAGUUGGCCAGAAGACGGCAGACGCUUGUUGAUUGAUAACGCAAUUAACGUACAUUUACAAGACUUGACAUUUGAGUGUCAGAGUGGCAGUUACACUUGUUGGUCUGUGAGUGAGAGGCUACAUGGAUAUGAUGAGUCAUGUUUAGGGUGUAAAGUUGGAUUUGUUUUCUACUAAACGCGUUUCAAUAUUUUUUUUCACUCCUUCAGUGUUUUGAUAUUGCUGUUUAAAAAAAAUGGAGAAAAGUACUUUUAUAUCAAAUAUUUUACUGUGAAAGUUACAUUAUCCAGACAUGAAGUCAGUUUCUAUCAAAACACAGGGCUGCUUUUUAUUUUGAAAACCUAAUGAUAUAAUGUGAAACAAUUCCAUUACAUGUAUUAGAUCAAUAUUAAGUCUACUGAAGUGUCUUGUAUUUGUCCAACAAGCCACAAGAUGGUGACAAUGGUCAGAGUUUUCAGUGAGGUUUGGCCGCAGACUUGCAGGUACCAUCGUUUAUGGCCCGUUGUACGAACCUUAACCGUGGUCAAAAUCUAUAUUUGGCAUCCCAUGAAAAGUGGUGCUGCUAGCUUCUUGUUGUUCAUUUGGAUCCUUUCUGCAGAUUAAAGCCAUGUGCCCUGGCCAAACAGUAUGCUGAUAAUAUUUGACAUUUUCCAGGAUGAGUUUUAAAUGCUUUGUUGGCCAUUUGUUAAGUAGGAACAGAAUAUAGUAUAAUUGUUACAGUAAUUAACAAUUAAUUAAUUAAUGUUAAUUACAGUAACAAAUUCCAACUUUGCUGCAAACAUAAAAUAAUUUUAAUAUGUUUUAAUGGCCAUGUAGUUAAUAUCUUCCACAUGCAACAGAGUACAGUGCAUUUCACCCUUAACUGACUUGAGACAUAGGAACUGCCUUUGCACAGUAGCAGAUCAAAUCAUAGUUAGCCAAGUCAAACUGGUGGAACGCUAUGUCAUUGGUUUAUGCAGAGUGUACUCCAAGGUCCCAUGAAAUGGUAUCGUUACUCUUUUGGGGGCAUUUUUGCUUUUAAAGGUAAACCACAGAGAGGUGACAGGGACUGAAGGGAGAGGGCGGGGGGGGGGAAGUGACCUGCAGCAAUCGUCCUCGAACAUAAUCACACGCAGGACAAUGUGAUCACUGUAUAUGGUAUGCAUCGCAACCACAAGGCCAAGUUGUUGUGGCGGCAUUAGGCCAAAAACGUAUCAAUAUUGCUAUUAAACAAAGGGGCUAGAAAGGCAGGUUGAGUUGAGGGAACACGCAGAAAGAUCAGAGGGCCAUUUCAUGAGAUCUUAUUGAGAGGUUGGAAAACGGAGAUCAACAAAAACGAGGUGUUUCACUUUUACAAACUGUGCUGGUGACUUUUUGUCCUUGUAGGAGUGUGGAUUUUGUAAUCAUAUGACUGUAAAUAAAAAAUGAAUUACUUUUGACUCAA